AUGCCAGACACGCUUAGCCUAGCCACAGAGCUCACGCGGUCUCUGCACUGCGCUGCCUCUGGUGAGAGCAGCAGCAGCAGCAGCGAGGAUGACCCUGAAUUGCAAUGUCACAGGGACCCCAUGCCUCCCUCCCGCCCUUAUCAGAAGGACCAUAACCUGGACCUCUCAGAUGGUGACUAUGCUAGCGAUGCCCCUAGUGAGGCUGGGCCUUGUCCCCCUGUUCAAACUCGGAGGUGCAGCAUCAACAGUCCCUGGCUCCCCAGCUCCAGUGAAGACAGUGACUCAGAACUAACAUGCUUGAGCUGGAGCGGGACAGACCAGUCAAAGAAGCCAGCAGAGGUGAAAAUAAUGUCUGCUUCACAGCUGCUCACCAGCAUUUUCCCUCAGAUUGAGCCUGCUGACAAAAAAGCUGUCAAUGCCAAACUGAAAGAGAAAUGUGUGAGCACAAAGGACAAUAGGCGUGGUGAUCGAGCACCAGCUCAAACACAGAGAGAUCUUACUCACGCUUUUAAGGCUGAAGUGAAACAUGAGACAUUGUUGGAUGAAUUGAAAAACAAGCAGGACAAGGCCAUGCAGUUUCUCAGAGAUAGCAGUAGAAAUGAUGAAAAAUCCACAAGGGGCCAAAUGGAUCAUGGCGUUGCCCUGCUCCAGCAGCAGAUCCUGGCUAUGCAGGAGCUUGUCCAGCAGAAGGACAGGGAAUGGUCCAGGGCUCAUGGGCAGCUGCAGAGCCGUAUGGACUCACUGAUAAGGGAGAACCAGGAACUGAGAGGCAGGCUCACCAGUGCCGGCCCUGCCGCUCAAACGCCUCCCCCCAUUCACCCACCUCUCAUAAACAUGACAGAACAGCAGAAGUCCUCCAAGCACAUUAGUGUGGGACACCACUCCAGAGCGCCUACUCCUGCUUUUGAUCACACUGAUGACCACCAAAAUGCUGCUCCAUCAAGGAUGGUUGUGCCAAAUCAAACCUUUCAUGCCAGGGUCCAGAGAACCAAAGACCAAAGACCAAGCACACCCUUCAGCAUGCCCUCUGCAAACUCAGGAAGCCCUGAGGGCACACAGGGCCUAGUCACACACCACAGGUCGCACGUUGACAAUGGCAGAAAGGUAUCAUGGGUGUCCGAAGACAGCCCGAGGAAGCUAUUGGAUCGGUCAUAUAAGAGCUGGACCCCCAGAGGUAAACGGACUCCAUCGGUAUGCCAGACAACCUCCUCUGACUCUGAUCACAUGGACAAUAGUAAACCAUCAGCACUGCGGGGCAUGAAGAAUGACGUGAGAGAGGAAAUACACUACCCAGAUGGAAAGGUUGAACAAAUUUUUUCCUCUGGUUGCCGAAUUGUUAUAUACCGAAAUGGUACCAAAAAGGAAGUAUCUGCAGAUCAGAAAUCAGUGACGAUUUCGUUCUUCAAUGGUGAUGUCAAACAAAUAUUAGCUGAUGGUAAAGUGGUGUACUACUAUCAUGAUUCUCAGGCAUCUCACACCACAUUCCCCUCUGGCCUGGAGGUCCUGCACUUUGGAAAUAACCAAACAGAAGAACAUCAUCCUGAUGGUAGCAGAAAGAUUAUUUUCCCUGAUGGCACAAUCAAGCACAUUUUCCCUGAUGGUCGAGAGGAAAGCACAUUUCCGGAUGGCACUGUGGUUAAGUUAACAGAGAAUGGGGAAAAGUCUGUGGACUUUACGAAUGGACAGCGUGAGGUUCAUACUUCACUGUAUAAGAGAAGAGAGUACCCAGAUGGAACUGUGAAAACAGUGUAUUGGAACGGAAGACAAGAGACACAUUCAGCAGGGAAGCCUCUGGCUGCCAGACGCUCCCGCCACUCAGCGAAAGACUCAGUGGCUGUCUCCUCACAGUACCAGUUCCCAUAAUACUGCUGGUGCCCCGGGUGCUUGCGGUCCUUUAAGCAGCGUCUGCACACCACCACAUCUGUUUCUUUAGUGUACUUUCGAACACGUACACCCGCUUCUUCCCUCUCCAUCCUCCUCUUUCUGUUCCUCUGGGUGU